AUGAGCGACUUCUUGCUGAGCCAAGGCUAUGGUUACGGUAUUGUGCUUGGUUUCGGUGCCCUAUUUAGUGUCCUCAUGAUAGCGAUAUCCUGGGUAAUGGCGAAAUUCUUGAACCAAAAGCAAGACUCAGAGCGUUUCACGACGGCUUCUCGCAAUGUCAAGCAGGGACUCAUAUCUUCUGCUGUUGUCUCGUCAUGGACAUGGCCAGCUACAUUGCUCACCUCGAAUCUGUGGACGUACUCUUACGGUAUUGUAGGUGCAUACUGGUACAGUGUUACAGGGUGUUUCCAAAUACUUUUGUUUACCCUGGUAGCAAUAGAAAUUAAGCUCAAAUGCCCUGGUAUUCACACAAUCGCUGAGUUAGAACAAGUAAGAUUUGGUAAGUGGGGCCAUAUUUGUUACCUAUUUUACUCUCUCGGCACAAAUGUAAUUGUGUCGGGCAUGAUUCUACUAGGCGGAUCACAAGGGAUCGCAUACACCACUGGAAUGAAUCUAAUAGCGGCUUGCUUCCUGUUGCCAGUCAGUGUGUGCGUUUAUACUCUUUUUGGUGGAUUGCAAGCUACCUUUUUAUCCGAUUGGUCUCACACGAUUAUCAUCUAUGUUAUGGUGCUAGUCUCCAUUGUGACAGUUUACUGUACUUCAGAGCUAUUCGGGUCCCCAGACAAAAUGUAUGACCUGUUAAUGGAUAUGAGCAAGUCAUUUCCGCUGGAAUCUUCCGCCAACGGGUCCUACUUGACAUUUGCUAACAAAGAUGUCAUAUUGACUGCUUGGAACGCACUACUAGGAGGGGCUGCAACGGUUUUUAUGGAUCCAUCGUAUUCACAGAAAGCCAUUGCUGCGGGUAGUAAGCAGGUUAUGAGGGGAUAUAUCAUGGGUGGAAUUUGCUGGUUGGCCAUACCACUAGGACUUGGAACCUCAAUGGGUUUAGCUUCUCUUUCUUUAACCAAGAAUCCUGUUUUUUUCACAUACCCUAACAAAUUGACUGAUAUGGAAGCAGGGAGGGGUUUGUCGCUUAUUUAUGCUAUGGCGGCAAUUUUUGGUAAGUCAGGAGCAGCGUGUGCUGUUGUCAUGAUUUUCAUGUCAGCGACGUCAGCAAUGUCAGCGGAACUUAUCUCGUGCUCUUCAAUUUUGACCUAUGAUUUCUACAGGACUUACAUCAACCCUAAAGCUUCUGGUAAACAGCUUGUUUUUGUUUCGCACUUGAACGUCGUGGGUUUUUCACUGUGCAUGGGAGCGCUGGCAGUUCUGUUCAACUAUAUCGGCGUCACUCUUGGGUGGCUAUUCAGCUUCGUGGGAAUAGCCCUAGGGCCAGCAUUUUUUGGACUCUUAGGGAUGUUAUUUUACAAGAAAAUGAAUACAGUGGCUUUAGUCGCCGGAGUGCCUUUAGCAACAAUUUGUGGUAUUGUGGGGUGGGUGGCUUCUUCAUCGCACUACUCUAGUGAUGGAAGAGUUGAUAAAGCAUCCCUUUCUCUUAGUGAGCCUUUGGCUUUCGGUAAUUUCAUUUCAGUGUUCUCAAGUGGUAUAUUUGUGUGGGCUUUCUCGCAGGUAAAACCGCAAAAUUGGUCAUUUGAUGAAAUGAACGGGCUAUACUUCGAGACCCGAAUUGCCGAUGACGCAGACUCUGAUGAAAUUGAGUUUUCGCAGGUGUCCCAAGAUUCGGUGAAAGAUCUCAAGAAACAUGUUUUCGUCACCAAGAUUUUAGCUUUCUGUCAGUUUGUUAUUUUCCUGAUAAUCAUCCCACUAUCCAUGUAUGGGACUAAUUACAUCUUUUCAAGAAAGUUAUUUCGUGGCUAUGUCUAUAUUAUUAUUAUAUGGACAUUUCUGGCCGCGACGUGGAUUAUACUUUAUCCACUGUAUGAAUCAAACUCCGUUUUGUCACUCGUGUUCAAGAAACUAUUGAGAAAAGUGCCAACGGAACGCAGUUCUGAUCUGUCUUCGACAAGUGCCAGCUCCGUUGUGAGGGAAAAACUCGAAAACACUAUUAUCCAUGUCAAAGCUAUUUGA